AUGGCCGGAGCAAGCGACAAGGCGCGAUUCUACCUCGAGCAAUCGGUGCCCGAGCUGCGCGAGCUCGAGCGCAAGCAGCUCUUCACACGAGACGAGAUCACGGCGAUUGCGAAGAAGCGCUCGGAGUUUGAGCACGUACUGAACGCGCGCGGCUCGCACCCCUCGGACUACGCGCGCUACGUGACGUACGAGAUGAACGUCGAGGCGCUGCGCAAGAAGCGGAGCAAGCGGGUCGGAGUCAAGGCCGGCGGGCACAGCGGGCAGCGCCGCAUCUUCUUCAUCCUGGAGCGCGCGACGCGCAAGUUCCAUGGCGACGUCGGGCUGUGGAUGCUGUAUAUCGAGUUUGCGCGCAAGGAGAAGGCCCGCAAGAAACUCCAGGAGGUGCUGACUGGUGCGCUGCGCAUGCAUCCGACUAAGCCUGAGCUGUGGAUUUAUGCGGCUCGCUGGGCGGUCGAUGAUGAGGCCGAUAUGACUAUGGCUAGGAGCUAUAUGCAGCGCGGACUGCGCUUCUGCCAGAAGUCGAGACUGCUCUGGCUCGAGUACGCAAAGCUCGAGAUGAUUUACGUGGCCAAGAUCGCGGCGCGCAGAUCCAUUCUGGGCCUGGACCAGGAGCCGCAAGCCAAGGCGCAGCAGGAGACGCCCGCGGGAGACGACAUGGCCGCGGACAUGAUCGCGCUGCCCGCCAUCACAGCCGAAGACAUCAAUCCUAGCCUGAGCACGGAAUCCGCCAGCGCAGGCGACACCGACGACGUGGCCUUGCAGAACCUCGCCGCAACACCGGUCCUCACGGGCGCGAUCCCGCGCGCCGUCUUCGACGCCGCCAUGGCCGAGUUCGCCCACGACGCCGCGCUGGGCGAGCAGUUCUUCGAUCUCUUCGCCGCCUUCACCCUCGCGCCCUGCACGCCCGCCCUCCUCCUCCACGUCGUCAGCGCGCUGCUGAGCGCGGCCCCCGACGCCGUCCCCACCUUGGCCUGCCAUUUCCGGCAGCCCGUCUUCGGCGUCUCAGUGUCGUCGCCCGCGUUCCCGCGCGCCCUGGGCGAGAGCCUCGCCCGUGUUAAGGCGGCGCUGCAAGCUGCGGACGUGGCGGCAAGGCCCCUGCUCGCGGAGAAGGCGGUGCUGUUUCUGCUGCCGUUGCUGCGUAGCGAGCGCAGUGAGCGUAAUGAGCAUAGCGAGGAGCGUGACGAGGGCGAAGGCGAGAUGGACCCGGCGCUCCGCAAAGUGGUGCGCGCGUCGCUGCGGCAGUACGUGCGCGCGCUGGAGGGGGAGGAGCAAGUAGCGGGCGUGGUGGACGCGCUCAAGGGCGCCAAGAGGGUGGCGGAUGCGCGGGCGCUGGUGGCGCUGGGCGCGAAGCAGUGGCCUGGGAGUGAGAGGUUGUUGCAGGUGCAGGCGGCGCUGGAGUCGUGA